AUGGGUUGUGAUGAGGCAUCGCCAAGGGAGAAGGUUCUUGAGUCCGGCAGCUUUGGGAGCAUCACAUUGCGGCCCGGUGACGACUGCGUUUACCACAUCUCACCACAUGGCGACAUCUCAAACAUGGUGAUCUACACGGGGGAUCUGGGGACCAGCCAAGAUGCCAGGGUGUGGUACUGCCCCAGCCCCGACUGCGGCGCCUCCGGCAGCCACAACCUGACGGCGGGGGUGAGCACCCCCCUGCUCGUGUCCAACUACCCAGAUGGAAUCUGGAUCCACGUCUCGGUCCCCUCCACCGGUGGCUCCUCCGCCGCCACCCUGGAGCUCAGCGCCAUCGCUGCCAGCUGCAGCGCCCCGCACCAAACCCCGCUCCUGCUGUACCGCACGGUCGAUGGCAGGACCUCGGAGCCCUGGCCCAGCUACAGCCUGUGCGUGACCAAGCCCAACAAUAACCCGGACUUCGGAAUUGCGUUCUCAUGGGAGUGGUCGUUCGGAAGCCUGCCGUACAGCUUCGGACGCGGGUUCCAUGCGCUCCUGCCGCCGUUUGACCUGACGCUGCCACACGGUGUGUACGACAUCCAGCUCAUGAGGGCCUACUCGCCGGACGCGGAGGCCCGGAUGGGCGUCAGCUUCGUCCUGCUUUCCAGCAGCGGCGUUGAGCUGGUGCGCUUCAACGAGUCCGUCUCGGGCUACUUCGUCCCCGCCGUCAACAACAUCACCCGGGGUUCUAUGGAGUUCUACUUGCCGGCCGGCAUCGCCGACCAGAGCGCCGCCGUGGCCACGGUACGGCACGCACCGAACGCUCCACCGCCAUCUCCACCUGCCCCGCCUCGGCCGCCACCUCCGCCUCCGUCUCCUGCCGUGCCUCCAAGCCCCGCACCGCCCGUCCCUUUCCGACCGCCACCUUCGCCAUCGCCGCCUCGUUCUCCCCAGCCUCCAUCGCUCCCGCCGCCAUCAACACCGCCGUCGCCCUCCCUGACACCUGCGUCGUCGUCGCCAUUGUCGCUGACCCCGCCGCCGUCACCAUCCUUGCUACUGCCACCGUUACCGCUUCCUUUCCCGUCGCCUCCACUGUCCCAGUCCCAGCCGCUGCUGCAGCCGCCUUCGUCGCCACCACUACCGCCGGCGAGCCUGCUGCUAUCCCCGCCGCCGACACCGACCUACCCGCCGACGCCUUCAUUACGGCCAUCCUCGCCACCAUCCCCACUGCAGCCGCCGGCUACCUCGCUGCCACCCUCCCCCCUGCAACCAGACCAGACCCCCUCACCGCCGCACCCAGCAGUGCCGCCCAGCCCGACCUACCCCGGAUCUGACUCGAGGGAGGGCCUCCCGCCGCCGCCCUCGCAGGGACCGAGUCCUGCCGCACCAGUCAUCCAGGUCCUCAGCCCUCCGCCUCUUCCACCCACCUACCCACCACAGGGCUUCACCGCACCGCGCCAACCCGUAACGCUACCACCCCUACCAACACCUCCCACAUACGUCCACGGCAUGCCACCACCACCGUCGUCCUCCUCGUUCCCACCCACCAGCUACGGCUAUCCCCCCGACAGGAGCUCCCCAACGCCCAGCCCAGCGGGCCCCCCACCACUGGGUCAAGGAGCCACUGCACCACCCAACCCCCGUAGCACCCCUCCUAGCGGCUUCUCCAGCUCCCAGCUGCACAGCCCUCCUCCCAGCAGCGGCACACCCCGGUCGCCCAACCGUACGGCACCUCUGGAUGUUUCCACCUUGACUGGGUCGGGCUCGCGAGCCGGCGGUCGGGCCUGCAUGGCUGUGAGUGCAGCCUUGGGGAUAGCGGUCGCGAUGUUGGCCCGUUGGCACAGUGUCCCCGGCCUCUUGAUAAUUGAGUUCCGGAACCUUAGCAAAAGGUUGGCCCAAUGGAACUGGAACAGCCUUUGCGACAUAAUCAUAAAGCGAGACCAUAGUCGGGCUCUUCGCUCCUACCACUGA